UUCCCGACAAAUAACAGAAAAAACAGCUGUUCUUACGAUUCAUCGUCUCACGCCUUUUCUCUUCUCCUCUGUUUCAUUUUUUUUUUGAAAUUUGUUUUUUUUUCGUCUAAAAAUGUUCGAUCAUAUGAAACUGUUGCGAUGCUUCAGCUUCACGGCGUCGCGAGAUUGGCUAUUCCGACAAUCAUUCGCAAAUGCCGGCCUCCGCUCCGUCGUCACCGAUCUCUCACACGGCAACUCCAUCGCAUCAACGACCAUGCAUUGCUGGAUCCCCAAAACACCAAACCGAUCCAAACCCAACCUCCUCCUCCUCCACGGCUUCGGAGCCAACGCAAUGUGGCAAUACGGGGAACAUCUCCGAGCCUUCACCGGCCGGUUCAACGUCUACGUCCCUGACCUCCUCUUUUUCGGAUUAUCCUCCACGUCGGAACAGAACCGGACCGAGUCUUUCCAGGCUCUGUGUCUGAUGAGGCUGAUGGAAGCGCACGGCGUGCACAGGAUGAGCAUCGUCGGGAUAAGCUACGGUGGGUUCGUCGGGUACAGUUUAGCGGCGCAGUUUCCGGAGAAAGUCGAGAGGCUGGUGCUGUGCUGCGCAGGGGUUUGCUUGGAGGAGAAGGAUAUGGAGGAUGGGUUGUUUAAGGUUCCGAAUCUUGAAGAAGCCACGGGGAUUCUGAUUCCUCAGACGCCGGAGAAGCUUAAGGAGCUCAUUAGAUUCUCUUUUGUUAAGCCGAUGAAAGGUGUCCCUUCGUUUUUUCUUUGGGAUUUUAUCGAUGUGAUGUGUACAGAGUUUGUGGAUGAGAAAAGAGAUUUGAUCAAAUCGAUACUCAAAGAUCGGAGACUUGUAGAUCUUCCUAGGAUUAAACAGAAAUCUUUGGUCAUAUGGGGAGAAGAAGAUCAAAUAUUUCCACUGGAACUUGGUUACAGAUUGAAAAGACAUAUAGGAGAAAAUGCAGAGAUAGUGGUGAUCAAGAAGGCAGGACAUGCUGUGAAUUUGGAGAAGUCCAAAGAGUUUCUCAAACACUUGAAAUCUUUUCUCAUUGAUUCUUUGUGAAAAUACUGUGUUCCUUGUUAUUUUAAAAAAAACAUUUGAUUAUAAGAAAAGUAAAUUAUAC